ACGUAGUUUCUGCCUUUAGAAACGCCAUAACCGGAAGUUUGUGCAAUCGCGGAGGCGCGUCAUUUAGAUACAUUGUUUGGACGAAGUACUCUGGGAUAAGUUGGGGCAAGUACCGUCACCAAAAUGAAGGCAAAAAUCUCACAUGUAUUGUGAAAACAUUAAAAUCUCCGUACGUGUGUGUAGUUAGACAUUUAAUACUUUCGACCCGACCAAACUUGUAGUGUGAAAGUCGCCGCAAUGAUUUCUCUUAAGCGCGUGGUGUCAUUUGGAGACAUCAUUGUCCCUACAUGCACCUCCCUCUCUGUGAGCAACUUCUCUGCUAGCUAUUGCCUAAGAUCCAAAAAGAGAGACAGCCCAUACAGCUCAGUGGACGGUGGACGCUACUCUUCUCUUGUGAAGUCUAUCAUGUCAACAAGGGUCGGUUCCCAACGUCCGGAGACCCUCGAAGCGGAGGACGAACUCAUUUAUGGACCUGUUGUCAAAGCUCGAACGCCCUCCUCAGGACCAAGGACGAGGGUGCCUAAAACCCUCCAGCCCUUCUUACGCUGCCAAGAGACUUUAGAAGUAGAAGACCCAGUGGUGGGACCUCCAGUCCGAAUUGCUUUGAACCGGGGCCAAGGCAGGCAUUCAGUUCCGAGUGUGACCCGCAUUCUUCAGCAGACGCUUUCCCAAGAACAGAUCUUCCAUCUGGAAAGAUGGAGAAGGAAGAUGGUCGCAGAACUCGGAGAAGAAGGCUUCAAAGAAUACAGUCAGAAUUUAUUCAGGCAAGGGAGACUUUUCCAUUCAGCUGUCGAGGACUUUCUGACGACAGAUGCAACAGUGAAGGACAAAAAUCCUUCAGAGACAUCGACGUAUCCACCUGAGGUACUGGGAUACAUGGAGAGCAUCUCUCAUGUACUGGAGGAUGUCAGAGAAGUGAGAGCUAUUGAAAGCACCGUGCAGCAUGACACACUGAGCUACCUGGGAGUUGUGGAUUGUGUUGCUUGCUAUAGGGGUGUACUAUGUGUUAUUGACUGGAAGACCUCAGAGAAGCCCAAACCAUACCUGAGCAACACAUAUGACAACCCUAUUCAGGUUGCAGCCUAUGCUGGAGCUUUGAAUAGUGAUGACAACUAUAAAUACCAGGUUGAAAAUGGACUCAUUGUGGUAGCCUACAAGGAUGGCUCACCUGCCCAUGUUCAUCGUUUGAGCUCAGAGCUGAUGUUGGAGUACUGGAAGACUUGGCUGGUUCGCCUUGAAGAGUUCACGGAGAAGAGAGCCAGUCAUGCAUCAUAAAAGAGAUGAGCUUGGUGACCUGUAAGGGCAUGUCCGUGAAGCAGGUUAUUUCAGUUCAAAUCAACUGGCCCUGAACUGAACCUGCGGUAGCCUAAUAUUUUUCAUUUUAUUUCCUCAUAUCUU